AUGCAAUCAGAACACGGGGCCACCCUUGUGCCAGCAGUCAAUGCCUCAGUAUGGGAGCAAGGGAUAUCGACCCGAGUAGUCAUGUUUCGAGAUUGGGCAUGGAAGAAUGGUACACUUGUUAGCAUUUUCGUGGCAGGGCUGCAGAAACUAGACGGCAAAUCCGGGCACGACGCGAUUGAGCGAGUUGCGGCCUUGAAUAUCACAAGGGCUGGUGUUGAAAGAGUGGAAUGCGAUGCCUCCAACGCCCCCGUAGAGCCUGCUGACGUGGUUGGGCGAAAGCGAAAGCUGGAACAGACCGACUUGGAAGUCCCAGACAGCCAAGAUGACGAAGACUAUGGCUGGGCAGACGAUGACGAGGCAGCCCUGCCAGCCCCUCCACCGCAGUGGCAAGGGAGUGAAGACGUCCUAUUAGGACAGGAACUUGGCCUAGGCGACGAUGGUAGGGAUGAGGAGGAGGAUGCCUGUGAAGGCAGCCACACGCCAUCCUCAGAGGCCACUUAUUAG